GUGGUGAGAGGGUGUCGGCGGGAUGUGAAAGCCAGGCCUGGGAGUCCACCGCGCUCUGCCACCUACCGCCAGGAUGGGCUCUGGAUGGGCUGUGGUGGUGACGGUGGUGGGGUGUGCCAGCAUCACAGGGCUGCUGGCACUUCUGGCCCGAUACCUGGGCAUCUGGACCUGGGCACUCGCUUACCUCAGGGCUGCCAGGGAGGAGAAGGUACAGCUUUGUCGAUCCCAGCGAACCUCCAGCACACGCAGCUACCUGCUGGACAACGACCUCGACUGGAUUGGGUUGUGGCCCCGCACAGGGUCGUACAAGCGCUUCACCAACCUCGACGACCCGACCAGUGUCCCCGGCGACGACCCGGCCCGCGCUGAGGCCGUCGACCAGCCCGACCUGCCCCCCCAGCCUCUACGACCAGCACCCGCCCCGCCGCCCAGGAUGGGAGGAUGGACGGAGAGCGGGGAGGGGUCGCCGUCCCCUGCCAGCAGUAUAGGGAUGGGGAUAGAGACCCCGCCUGAGCCGUCCAGGCCGGCUCCAGUCCUGGACCGACGGGAUUCAUCUCGCUCGCUAACUGGACGCCUAUCCAGGAGAGACUCCAGCAAGGAGCUAUUGGGAUCAUCACAACAGGGCAGCCCCAAGCGAGCCUCAACCAACCCCUUCAGGGCCUCUUGGGUGCCUCCUGACGAGACAUCAGAGGAAUCAUUCGCUCACAACACCUUUGGCGUCGUCACGGGCUCGUCUCCUGGGGCGCCGCCUGCAGCAACAGGGAGCCACUCAAUGGAAGGUUUCCCUGACCCCAGAGAGAGUAGGGUACAAACUGAGAGGAUGAGCAGCCAGGACUCUCUCGCUCCGGCAACGUUCCCAGGUCCCGGGUCUGCUUGGGACACUUACGCCUCUGCCAGACCCCGCGGAGUCGAAGCUGAGACCUCAAAGAUGGCGUUGAUGAACGGCGAUGAGGAGAGGGUGGCGGCUGGCAGCAGUGUUCUUGGAGAUAUUUUCAGUAACAGAGGAAAGACUGCUUCCAGCGAGGUUGGGAAGGCGUCGUACGAGACUUUCUCCUUCACUGCUCUAAGUAGUGCUGGGAAGACAUCACAGGACAAUUUUUCAACCCUUUCUACCAGUGGCACUGAGAGCAUGCUGCACGACACUUCUUCCUUCCUCGAUGCUUCAAGUGGUGCCGUAAAAGCUUCGUAUGAGACUUUUUCCACUAAUCUCGACAAUCUUGGAAAAACCUCGUACAAUUCAUUUACCGUAGGUAAUUACGACGUUCAGAAAGACAACCUGAACGACAGUGGUGGGACCACGGACGAUGUCUUUGUUGACAUUUCAGAAGAUGAUGACAUUUGCAACCAGAACACCCUAGCCGGUAACGAAAGAGAGACUAAAAUCUUUGAAAACAUAAACAGGACAAACGACAAAGUGCUUGAAGGAGGAAGUUUAAAUUAUGCGGUCAACAGUUUCGAUAAAUCUAUCAUUGAAAUGAACGAUACUGAACUUCGCCACGACGGUAACAUCGCCAUCAGCACGCACAUGCCUCAGGAGGUCGUAUCACGUGAGGAGACCUCCAUGGAAGCCCACGUGACCUCUGACCCGGUUGGGCGGAGCUACGAGGUGCCAGCCACGCCCCCUAACACAGCAACCUACCCGCUGUCCCCCCGCUCCCCCCACAUAGCUUCCCGCCUUGCCGAGGUGGAGGCCAGGAUGAGGCAGCUGGGAGCCCCGACGGAUCGCGACGUGUCGCAGGACUGGUGGCCGUCCGAGGCUCCCUCCUCCAGUGCCGCGAGGGAGGAGGGCCACGAGGGAGGGACGGGAGGGAGGAACCCAUUCGUAGUGCAUGUUGGAAGUGGAGGAGGAGGAGGGAGGGAAGAGCCAGGAGGGCUGAGGAGUGUGGAGGAGGAGGAGGAAGAGGAAGUCUUCCUCCUCCACGACGCGGUUAAGGAGGCUCCUCACAGAACACACACAACCUCGGCCUCCCGCCGGGGUGAGGAGAGUGCGGUGGAGUGCGAGGAGGACGCGAGUGCGAGGCGAGUGCGGGAGUACAUAGCGUCACUGAGUGCUCGCCUGCGGCAGAUCCCAGACCAAGAGGACGUAGUCCGAGGCUCCCCGGACUACAUGGACACGCCGCCCGCCUCUGCCACCUUGCCAGCCACGCCACCCAGGACGGCGUACGACUCGUCGGACACGCCUUCUACCUCGGCCGCGCCCCACGCCCUGUACAGCAGCGGGCGCCCAGCAGCAGCAGCCUCCAGCAGCAGCACGCCGCCCACCUCCGUCACCCUCAGGAACCUCUACAGCAGCAGACGGGCGUCGGCGGACGUGUCGCCAGCGCCGCCCACAGUCUUCACUCUCAGCACCAGUCGCAGACUCUCGCUCGACACACCUCCCAGCUCGGCCGGACUCGUCACCGCCACGCCUCCUAACUCGGCCUCGUCCCAGCUGACGUUCGGAGACACGCCGCCCAGCUCGGCCGGGUUCUCCAACACCCCGCCCAACUCGGCCGGCCUGGCCGGGAGCUUCGAGGCCGGACAGACGCUGAAGAGAGCCAUGUCGUGCGACUCUGUCAGCUCGGACACGUCCGUCACUCUCGGGGAGCUGGAGGACACGUGCGGGCAGGUGACGGGACACCUCACCGUCCAUCUCAUCUACGACAG